GUUUCCGAGUGUUCAAAGUGUCCGGCAUUUUUGCUUUCUCUUCCAGUGCAAAAUUAGUCAAAUAAUGUCGGUUCAAGCGACAAACCCAAACAAUCCUAUUGUUUUCUUCGACAUUACAAUCGGAGGACAGGAUGUGGGGCGGAUGAAGGUUGAACUCUUUGCUGAUGUUGUCCCAAAGACGGCAGAGAAUUUCAGGCACUUCUGCACUGGAGAGUUCCGGAAAGACGGUGUCCCUAUUGGUUUCAAAGGCUGCACAUUCCACAGAGUGAUCAAAGAUUUUAUGAUCCAAGGAGGUGACUUUGUGAACGGUGACGGUACUGGUAUCUGCAGCAUCUACAGAGGUCCAUUUGCCGAUGAAAACUUUCGGGUGAAGCAUUCUGGGCCUGGUCUUCUGUCCAUGGCAAACAGUGGUCCAGGGACAAAUGGUUGCCAGUUUUUCAUAACCUGCACUAAAUGUGACUGGUUAGAUGGAAAACAUGUCGUUUUUGGUAAAGUCGUGGAUGGAUUGCUGAUCAUGAGAAAGAUUGAGAAUGUUCCUACGGGACCCAACAACAAGCCCAAGCUCCCAAUCCUCAUUGCACAGUGUGGAGAGAUGUGAGGGGAAAAUGGUUCCGUACACAUGUAUUAUAGUACGUCCCAUUUGUUGACUGAUAAACUCACCCUGCAUAAUGCGUCUCAUGCAUAGCAUCUAUUUCCACACUGUGUAAAACCCAAAGAUUCAGCCCCAUUUUGUGUCAUGAGUGGAAAAUAUUUUUUUUAUUUUUUUUUUAAAUACAUAUCAAUAUAUGUGUGUGUCUGUCAAUAAAAUUCACACUUUAUUUGUGAAUCAAAACACCAUAAACUGUCGGAGAAGGUUGAAAAUAUGAUUUUUGUUGUUGUUGUUGCAACUUUCGGCUUGUGCUGUUAGGGGUCGCCACAGCUAGUCACCCGCAAAUUUGUUUGGCAUAAUUUUUAUAUACAUUUAUUUUUGGCACUAGAAAUUAAUGGUAAGAAUGAAUUGGGAAGAUUAAAUUCAAAUGUAUUAGAUGGCUAUACCCAUUUCAAAUACCCAUUUUUUUCCUAAUGGUAGAGUACAUUUACA